GGAACUCCUUGAUUCACUUGGACGGUUUCCGCUAGAGUCCGGGUUGAUGGGUGGUCUUCAGGACAGCAUGUGGGUAGUUUUAAGCCACUCGGCGGUGACUGAAAAAUCCCAGGUGGUAGCGUGGGGAUUCGAACUCGCGUCGUCCAUCACGUGGUGAAUGUGGGCCCAGCACGCUACCACUCAGCCACCGCUUACUCAUUAUAUAUUCGUGUAACUGUAUCCGGCUCGCCGUGAACCGUCCGUCCACCCAGGCCGUUCAAAAUUUGCAGAGAAAAGGACACUUGUCUGCUUGAAGGUAUUUGUGGUGAAAUGGAUCGUGUAGCCUGGUACAUCAACAACCACGUCUAGGAUAACUGUUUUGAUUAACCCGUCCGCUGCGAUUGGCACGGAUUUCGCCUUCACUGGUACCCUGGUAACAUAUGCUCCCAGGUCUUUCUCUGCCUCUGUGGUGGAUAGUGGAGUGUUUCCCAUGUGGUAUUGGUGUGCUGGAUAUCCCUUCACUGGUAGCCUGGUAACAUAUGCUCCCAGGUCUUUCUCUGCCUCUGUGGUGGAUAGUGGAGUGUUUCCCAUGUGGUAUUGGUGUGCUGGAUAUCCCUUCACUGGUAGCCUGGUAACAUACACUCCCAGGUCUUUCUCUGCCUCUGUGGUGGAUAGUGGAGUGUUUCCCAUGUGGUAUUGGUGUGCUGGAUAUCCCUUCACUGGUAGCCUGGUAACAUAUGCUCCCAGGUCUUUCUCUGCCUCUGUGGUGGAUAGUGGAGUGUUUCCCAUGUGGUAUUGGUGUGCUGGAUAUCCCUUCACUGGUAGCCUGGUAACAUAUGCUCCCAGGUCUUUCUGUGCCUCUGUGGUGGAUAGUGGAGUGUUUCCCAUGUGGUAUUGGUGUGCUGGAUAUCCCUUCACUGGUAGCCUGGUAACAUACACUCCCAGGUCUUUCUCUGCCUCUGUGGUGGAUAGUGGAGUGUUUCCCAUGUGGUAUUGGUGUGCUGGAUAUCCCUUCACUGGUAGCCUGGUAACAUACAGUCCCAGGUCUUUCUCUGCCUCUGUGGUGGAUAGUGGAGUGUUUCCCAUGUGGUAUUGGUGUGCUGGAUAUCCCUUCACUGGUAGCCUGGUAACAUACAGUCCCAGGUCUUUCUCUGCCUCUGUGGUGGAUAGUGGAGUGUUUCCCAUGUGGUAUUGGUGUGCUGGAUAUCCCUUCACCGGUAGCCUGGUAACAUACACUCCCAGGUCUUUCUCUGCCUCUGUGGUGGAUAGUGGAGUGUUUCCCAUGUGGUAUUGGUGUGCUGGAUAUCCCUUCACUGGUAGCCUGGUAACAUACAGUCCCAGGUCUUUCUCUGCCUCUGUGGUGGAUAGUGGAGUGUUUCCCAUGUGGUAUUGGUGUGCUGGAUAUCCCCUCCCAAGGUACAUGACUACAUUUUUCUCCAUUGAAUUGUAGCAGCCACUUUUUAUUCCAUUCCUGUAGCUUGGUGAGGUCUAACUGUAUGAAAUCCGCAGUCAGGGGGUUAAACUACACCUGAAAAUGCCCGAAACGCCUGCGCAAGCCUUGUCAAAUAUGUGUACUUGGGCGCCGAAAGGGUUGAGAACACGGGUCACUGAAUCUAGCAUCAUAUAGGUCUGCUGUGUGGGGUCAGUGUGGGGUCAGUCGUCAGGGCGUGGCAGUGGUGUGGUGGGUCGAGUCAGUAGCCGGUGUAGGACGUCGACAAGUGUGGUGAGCGGGGUGGCGGCGGUACCAACACUCGGGAAGCUAACAAAACCAACAUAGGGAUGGAUGCUGACUGAACCACCUCGCCACUCAAUCCUACUCAGAGUUACGACACAAGUUAAGAAGAGGGAGGUAUAGUCAUCGUGGUGGUGGUGGUGGUGGUGGUGGUAGUGACAGCAGCAGCAAUUAGUAGUAGAAAUAGUAGUAGUAGUAGUAGUAGUAGUAGUAGUAGUAGUAGUUGCAUAAGUAAUAGGUGUUGUUGAUGUUGUUGUUUCUGUUCAUAUUGUGGCAUAAAGUGCAUUUACUACCACUUAUGUACUAGUAGUAGUGGUUUUAGUAAGAGUACUAUUACCACCAAUAGCUGUGAUGCUAGUAAUAAUAAUAGCAGUAGUAGUAGUAGUAGUUAAAAGUGGUGAUGAUGGUGGUCGCAGUAGUAGUAGUAGUAGUAGUAGUAGUAGUAGUAGUAGUAGUAGUUAAUAGUAGUGAUGAUGGUGGUCGCAGUAGUAGUAGUAGUAGUAGUAGUAGUAGUAGUGAUUGAAAUAGUAGGUGGUGGUAGUGGUGGCGGUGGUGGUGGUGGUGGUGAUGGUUGUGGCUGUAUGGGUGUAGCUGUAACUGUUGUUUGUAUUCACAGAGUUGAGGCCUGGCGUGGGAGAAGGGAAAGUCCGGAGUGGGAGGGCAAGUGCUGGGCGGUACAGCCCUGCCCAUUUGGUUUCCACUUGGCCCUCCCUCUCCUCCCGCGCCUGCCCAUCUGCACAGCCUCCCAGUGAUGAUGGCUUAGGGCUGCACAGUGCUUAGGGCUGUCGAGACUGGGGGCGGAGCAGCUGGGCAGACACGGGUUGCUAUACACGAGCAACGACCCUGCAGCCCCGCGCCCAACCACCAGACACGUCACACGUGAGUGCGUGGGGGCGUGGGGCUCAGAGGCAGUGUGACACAGUAAAUACCCACACCGACAGCUGAUACACACAACAGGGCCGUGACGUGACUACAGUGCCGCUCAGCCAGACCCGCGCGGCCACACCUCUGGAUGGCCCCAAGAACCACACCAGAGGCUGGGGCUGUGCGGGGCUGCCAGAGCCGGCUAGGGGACGGGGGCAGCUGCACUAGACAGUAUCAGAUGUUGGCAAAGGGGUGUGGGGUGUUAUGUGGGGGAAGAAGCUGGUACGGGGGAUCUGCCGCAGUUUAGCCCCGAAGGUGGAGAGUUGCUGGGUCUACUAGGAUGGAGUGGGGAGUGAGGACCAGGAGUACUGUAGGAUGUCACAGGGACUUAAUGUAAGACUGGGGCUGAAUGGGAGGAGAUCUUCAGCUAGAGUGGGGACCUGCAGCUGAAGAUAGACUAGGGACUGGAAGGGACCUGUGGAUGAAACCGACCUGUAGCUGAAAGGGCCUGACUAAAGGAGACCUGAUAUGGUUGGACCUGUGGCUGAAGAGAGGCUAUGACCGGAAGGGACCUGUGGAUGGAACCGACCUGUAGCUAAGAGGGCAGCCUAACUGAAGGGACCUGCCACUGGUAUGGUUGGACCUGUGGCUGAAGAGAGGCUAUGACUGGAAGGGACCUGUGGAUGAAACCGACCUGUUGCUAAAGGGGCAGCCUAACUUAAGGGACCUGUAGACUAAAGGGGACCUGAUAUGGAUGGACCUGUGGCUGAAGAGAGGCUAUGACUGGAAGGGACCUGUGGAUGGAACCGACCUGUAACUAAAGGGCCUGCAUAACUGAAGGGACCUGUAGCUUAUAAGAACCUGUAGCUAGAGCUGGAGGGGGUCUUGGCUCGGUUACCUGCGAUAUCUGAAGGGGGCCUGUGCUAUAAGUGAAGGGAUUCUGUGCUGUAAGGGCUGUAGUUGAAGGAAGCUAACGUAGAAAAUGAUUGUAGUAAGUAGUGAGGAAUUGGUGGUUAGGGGGCACUGAAGCUCACAGGAAUCUAUCGUAAGGAAAGACCCUUGAAAAGAACUGUAUCCAAAAUGAUCAUGUAGCUAAGACUAAGCAUAGGAAGAAGGAAUCAUCAGUUAGAAAUGGCGUAUAGUUAGCAUGGACCUGUAUACCUUGAACAUAGACAGACAGUAGAAUCGUUAGGUUGGAAGAGAUCUGUUGUAGUUAAGGAAAGGUCCUGGAAUGGGUCUGUAGCUGAAGGGACCAACAGUAAAUAGAAACAUACAGAUAGAAGUGACCUGUGUCUGAGAAACAGCAUUUGGACAGAAAAGACCGGCAGCACGAAUUUAAAGGGUGCCUCCACACUGCUGGGUUUG